GUUGCAUGUUCCCAUUUCCUGAUGAUGUACGUUUAGAAUCUGAGAUCGGCUUGAUAUUGACCGUCGCAUCAGCACCAUUCAAACCCUGAGAACGACCCCCACAGCAUCAACAACAAACAGCUCGUCAUCGCUUCCUCUUCUCCCUCCUCCUUGAACCUUCUCCUCAUCGCCCGGCCGCCGAUCAAUCUCCUUCGCCGAUCCUGCCGGAAAACGCGAGCAGCCGCCGCAGCCAAGCCGAGCCAUGAGCCAGGCCGAGUCGGAUCCGGCUCACCCGCCGAAGCCCUCGCCCUCGCCCGACCCCGAUCCCAAGCCCCACUCCUCCGAUUACGCGCCCUACCCCAAGCUCGACCCCAACGACGUCGCCGCCCCCCCUCCCGCCGCCGUCCCCGGCGAGGCCCCCCGUGCCCCGAUCUCCGGCAGCGCCGCCACCUCCAUGCCCGCGGACUCGAAUCCCUACAUCGCUCAGGCUCCCGCUCCCGCUCCGCAAUCGUCUGCCAAGAAUACGAUGGAUUCGGUGAAGGAUGCGCUUGGGAGAUGGGGAAAGAAGGCGGCCGAGGCGACUAAGAAGGCCGAGGACCUCGCCGGGAACAUGUGGCAGCACUUGAAAACCGGCCCCAGCUUUGCCGAUGCCGCUGUCAGCAGAAUUGCUCAGGGAACAAAACUUCUGGCGGAAGGCGGUUAUGAGAAGGUUUUCCAGGCUACUUUUGAAACUGUUCCUGAGGAGCAGCUUCUGAAGUCGUUUGCGUGUUAUUUGUCCACGUCUGCUGGUCCGGUGAUGGGCACUCUAUACUUGUCUACGGCGAAGCUUGCAUUUUGUAGCGACAAUCCUCUUUCCUACAAAUCUGGUGAUCGGACUGAAUAUAGUUACUAUAAGGUGGUCAUUCCGUUGCAUCAACUGAAGGCAGUCAACCCAUCAGCAAGCAGGGUCAAGACAGCUGAAAAGUACAUCCAGGUUAUUUCUGUCGACAAUCAUGAAUUCUGGUUCUUGGGCUUCGUUCAGUAUGACAGUGCCGUGAAAAAUCUUCAAGCAGCAGUACAGCCCAAUAGCUUGCAUACUGUGUAGCUUAUAUAUAUUUAUUUGUGGCCUGUGGUGCACCCUGCCCCAAGAGUUAUAUGCAAACUAUAUCCUGCACAGUGUGAUAUGAAACUAGAUGCAUUUCGUGAUGCACUCUGCUCUGAUUGGUUAAAAUUGUAAUGCUUGGUCAUUCGGGUACGUAGUUUGUAAGUUUUGUCUGUCAUAUAGAUAUUAUGAACCGAGGUUAAACUUGAAUUUGAAAAUUUCAACUGGGUAGAUGGUGAUGGAAUUCCUUGUUGAGAAGAAGGUGCCCCUUGUUCCUUGUUCUUUGAUUGUAAAAUGAGUCUUCUUUCCAUUCCUCUGAAAUAUUAAAUAAUGCAAUUCAAGUAUUUUACUU